AUGGAUAAACAAAAACUAAAAAAAAAAUUUAAAACAACAACAAUGUUGCAUUUACAAACAACUCAUUUAGACCACAAACCACAUUCUUUCAUGUCGAGCCCAAAAAAGGAUUUAAAUCAACAGCAACAACAACAUCAACAGCAAAAUCAACGAACGAUACAAGUUUUGAUAGAUAUCACAUGA